UCAAAGAAAAUAUUCUCCCGGCUCUUUCGUUCCACAACCCAAACAGAUGUCGCAUAGAGAAAGGGACUAGCAGUUCUUGACAUUGGAGACUAUUUUCUAAUUAAAGCAUGGCAGUACAUCCCUUCCCCAAUCGGAGUUCGGAAUCACCCCCGACCUCUUUAGAACCCUUGUCGUCUGCAGUAUGAUCCCCACUUUUAUAGGAUAACUUACUCAGUUUCGGAAAAAAAAUCUUUUUCAUUUUUUUGAAUUCAAAAUGAAGUAUUUCUGCAGAUAUUGGCUACUUUUUUCACUAGUAUUUCCAUCACUGUGUUACUCUUUCAACAAUCAUCAUUUUACAUCAACGACGAAGCAUACUAAACCUUUCUUUCCGAAAUAUAAGCAUGAAAUAUAUUAUGAUACUAAACUCAUUCCAGAAGACACUGAAAUAACCAUCUUGCUACACAGAAAUCACGUACAAAAAUUAUAUUUCCUUUUGGAAGGAACGUAUCGACCUAUAUCUGUCACAGUUACUCCCUGCUCUUCUCAUGCAACUUUGGAAUGGAGAAUAUCACACAACGUGCAUCAAAAUUCAAUAGUUGACCCAUACCAUUCAGCUUCUUGGUCAAAUCACGUGCUCAGACCACCAUCUGCAUCUCCUUCAGCUACUUACAUUGGAAACGAACGCCGAUCUUACACCAAUCCAAGAGCCCCUCCCGGAUUGUACAAUUUGGAUCUUAAAUCGGACAGCGAAUCCAGUGCGAAGAUAUUGGUGACAACUCGUGCCAUCAGCCACAUGCCACAUCAUCCACCCCUUCCUCCAGAACCUGGUGUUCAAAUUGUUAAAAUCAAACGAAAUCGAGUUCUGAUUUCUUGGAAGGCCAGCUUGUCGAAUAGACCAUUGGAAUAUUGCGUUGCGUCGAACAACAGAGAAAACUACAACUCUCUUUGCUCUGCGGAAGUUGAUCUCUACGGGACUAACUCAUUGCAUGCAAUAAACUCCGCAUACUCUCCUUACCAGAUUCAUCAUGAUGAUGCAGAUACCCAUUUAAUUCGACAUGGAGCCAACUUGUCUUGCAUAGGACGUAAAACAUGGCAUCUCUACAAGGGAUUGCAGAAGGGAAAAACGUACUAUUUUGACGUCUUCGUUUUAGAUACAGUGACGAACGCUUCGUCUGCUUAUGUGGGUGUAAGUGCUACUAUUCGAAGCUCUGGCCCAGAAAUGAGAAAGAUGAAGGAUGAUUCUUUAGAAACCUUCACUUUGGAUGAAUCAAAUGGAUAUACUGUUAAUACGAGAUACCAGAUGAGCAGAAAUGCUGGUUCUGUAUUGCUGUUCGUGCAGUCUUGUACGGGCCCUGGACCUGUGAAUAUACACAUCUCAAAAAGUGGAACUCCAAAACAAGAAAUCCUUUCAACUACAGUGAUGGAUGUGAAAACUUUAGAAAUACCACGCCAGAUGGCAGCACUAAUGAAUUCAUCGACAUCAAUCAGUCUUUCCAUUCGAUCCACGACGAUGCACUCCCGAAAAGUUCGUUUAUGGAUCAGUGGCAAAAAGCAUGCAUUUCCUUUCCCCGUUCUACCCCAAGAUAAAAGUGUUCGCGUGUUUGAAACCUUAACAACGUGUAAUUCAAUCACAAUCGGUUGGAAAACAUCUCCAGAUGAGCGAGUUAAAUACUGCAUUUAUAGACAAGCUGCAUAUGAUGAACUCAUGGAACGUACACUUGCAGAACCACAAAAUUUCUGUGAACCUCAGCUAGAGGGCAGCACCUUCAGAAAAACUGUUCUCUGCCGUCGCUAUCACAGAUUUAGCAAACGACGUUUUAAUAAUCUCAUUAUGCAAAAAAUAAAGGGGUUACAUCCUGGAAUGACAUAUCUUUUUGAAGUGCAAGUAACCAAAGUAAAAGGCAAAAUGUUACCAUAUGAACAAGUAUGGGCCACGACAUUAGAUAGUUGUUCGAACAAUAAGAGUUGAUGCCUCAUUUGUUGAUACUUGAAAGAGAGUGAGUAUGAAAUAGUGGCGCCAUCUAUUAGCUUAUAUGAUCGUGGCAAAUACAUUAAACGAACUAAUUUUAAAUAUCAGUCAUUAAAUUAUGAAUUCUCGUAAACAUGUUAGUAAUGUAUAGUAUUUUAAGUCACCGAGUUUUCAAAGCUCGUGAUUAUGAGGUGCCAAUUUGUAAUUAUAACGAUGCUAUGUAUUUCUACUUCAUUAGACUGUUUAUGGAGAAAAAAAUACAUGAAUGAACAUAUCUAAACUAUAUAUACUAUUUGAAUGAAACUUAUUUUGUACAUAUGGUUUUUAUCGUGAGCUUACAGGUUAGAGAAUUCAUGUGACUACAACCUUCAGUAUUUUCUAUUUAUGAAAUCGAUGUCUAUUAGAUAAACUUUUUUAGCAAUUUAGAAUCAUGUCAUUCGAAUGUUCAUUUAGUUGUGCAAUAUAGAUAAUUAUUUAUGUAUUUUUUAUAUAAAGUUUAAGAAUUGAAAUUAGUCAACAUUGAGUGAGUCAUCCUAUAUUAACAUUGUAGAUAAUAUAUUAUAGAACAUUAAGUGUAAUUAAUUAAAAAAUUUAAAUUAUUAUGCCUAUGAAUUUAGAUUUUUUUAAAAAUAUUAUUACAUGCUUGAUCAAAUUAUUUUUAACAUCUAUGCAGUUUUUUCCCCCUAAUUUUUAAUUUAAAGUAGAAAAUUAAUACAAGGUUCAUUUGAGUUUCUAGUUUCAUUUAGAAUUUUAUAUUCGCCCAGAGGCAGUGAGAGAGAUAGCUUCUAACGCCCCCUUGUGUCUAAAUAAUUACAGUUGAGCGAACAUUGUACUAAAAUUAAUUUAACACAGCCAAAGCUUGUCAUGGCAUAUCGGAACAGUGGUCACCAACUUUUGCUUCAAAUUAGGCAAAAUGGAGAUGGAAAGACAUGAAAAUGAUAUUAAAAGUAUACAAAUUGGAACUAGAGAGUAAAAUCGUUUUUUCUUCCUAAUGAGUGGCUUUAACAUUUUAGAGGUGAAAAGGAAAAUGGCAUCGUUUUUUUUUUAGCAAGGUGCUUCUAGCAAUACCAAAAAAGAAAAGAAAAAUUAUUUUUGACAGUUUUCAGUAGUUAAAAAAUUAAUGUCUAAUGGGUAUAUUAUAAUUAAUGCAUUACUUUAAAUGGUAGAGAUAUUUUGUUUAAAAUUUCUUUUACCUUUAUUUUAUGAAACCAUUCAAAGAAUGAUUUAAACACUCUUUGCAUUGUCUUGUUGCUACAAAAACUCUUCCAGACGCCUAACUCACGUACUAGCAUUUACUAUGGUUAAAGAUAAGUCACUUGGAAUAGAGGUAUGGGGCUAGCCAUUUUACAUUGGUGAAAAAUACACGUUUUUUAAAACAUUAUUAAAUUAUAGGUAUGGACUUUACUUUUCCAUAACAGCGGACAACUUUUGACUUUCAGUUAAAAGAAGUUCUCAGGAUAGCAGAACAAUACCUUUUAAACUUUGAUUACUUAUGUAUUUGCUUUAGUAUUUUUCUGACUUUAUGACAUUUGAUAAAAAUGCUGUUCUUGUGGGAGAUUGAACACUCAAAUUAAAUUCUAAACCAUUUUAAUGUCACAUUGAAUACUGCUUCUCAAAUGCAGGAAAUUUAAGUUUAAAUAAUUAUUAUUGAAAUUAAAUUUCUGUGAUAAGAAACUUACAGAACAAUUCAUUUAGGAAAUUAAUCAGUAUUUUGAUAAAAAUCCACCAUAUUAUGUAAAGGUAUUCGAAAUAUACUGUAAUUCCCUUUGAUACAUAGUUGUAAUAAAUUGUAAUAUACGUUGCUGUAAUUAAUUUUGUGAUAAAAUAAAGUUGUUUUUAGUCA